UCUCCUAAACAACCUCAUUUUAAACUUCCUUCAUCGCAUUACCAGAACCUUAGAAACUAUGUACCUAUCACAUGAGGGCAACAUCUCUCCCUCCACCGAACACUUCGGAUCUUCUCAGGUCCCCUUCUUUCGGGGUUUGCUUAUAUAGAACCACCAAGUCCCUCCUUCGGACCUCCCAUCUACCAUAAAAUGGCCUUCGCGAACUGGUACCGAAUUUCGGCUAUCCUCGCUUGUCAACUGGUAUUCACAUAUGCGCAAGCACCAGCUGCCUCACCUUCUAUUCUUCCGCUAACACCACCGGCUUCCACAACACCGCCCCCAGCAAGUUCAGCACCGUCUACCCCUGCGACGACGACUCCGCCGACUUCCAGUCCAACGGCAACCCCAACCCCGAAAGUUGCACCAGUGUCCAACCCACCAGUUUCGGCCCCUCAGGUUCCACCACCUCAACCGCCACAGAGCCCUCCCACCUCUACUCCUGCACAACCACCGGCGUUGCCUCCACCGCCCGUUGCUUCACCACCCCUGCUGCCACCGCCUGUUUCACCACCACAAGUAUCCCCGUCACCAGCCCAAGCGCCACCAGCUCCAGCUCCUGUUAAAGCACCACCGGCACCAGCACCAGCACCAAUAAAGGAAGCUCCUGUACCGUCCCCAUCAACACCACCACCAGCCCCUGCCCCUCCACCUGUCAACAAGGCACCAGCACCUGCACCAGUUUUAGUGCCAUCUCCCGCACCAGCACACACCAAACACAAGAGGAGGCACAAGCACAAGCACAAAAGGCAUCAUGCCCCUGCACCAGCACCCACUGUACGAAGCCCUCCAGCUCCACCUACUGUUUCAGACAAUGAGGAUGCAUCCCCAGCACCUUCACCAAACUUGAAUGGAGGAUUUUCCUUCCAUCGACAAGGAAAGCUGGGGAUGUGGGCAAGGAUUGGAUUUUCCAUGGCCAUUCUGCUGGCAGUCAGAGGUUGUGGCUUCUAGAGAAAUUUGCUGCCACAGGACAUGUUUGCAUUUAAAAAAGUUGGCGUUACAAGAAAAAAAUGGAGCCAGUAGAACAAAUAAAAGAAAAUAUGAUCAAGAAUUGUAAGGCAUUUUUGUAUUCUUUCUACACAAUGACAUACUAUUGGACAA